UGAGUGUAUAUGUAUAUCCACAACUUCAGUUCAAACAACAUACGGAAUUUGCUCGCCAUGACUAAGCUCGCCUGCUUCUUUCUUCUGCUUUUCCUCGCCAUUUCCCAGGUUAUGGCCAACGAAACCCAAUACCAACUUCACAGUGGAAAUUAUGGGCCUGGAAGUCUGAAGAGCUACCAAUGUCCAUCGCAAUGUUCAAGGAGAUGCAGUAAAACUCAGUACCACAAGCCAUGCAUGUUCUUCUGUCAAAAGUGUUGUAGUAAAUGUCUCUGUGUUCCACCUGGCUUCUACGGUAAUAAACAAGUUUGUCCCUGCUAUAACAACUGGAAGACCAAGGGUGGCGGUCCUAAAUGCCCUUGAUUUUUUCGAUUUAUUACCCUUUUUAUUUACUCUUUAUUAUAAUUAUUAUUGCUUUUAUUAGUUAUUCCUGAUUCUAUAAAUAUAUGGGCUACAUAUAAUAUAAUAUAAUAUAUAUAUAUAUAUAUAUGAUAUAGUAUAUAUUUUUGUGGGUCAUCAAUUUCAUGACCGAUUUUAGUUGUGUCCCCCCCUCCCAAAAGAAAAGAUAUGUACGUAUCAGUUGAAAUUAUGGGGCCUAUGAGCUGUAAUCUCAACCUUCUUUCAACUAUAUACUAUGAUCGAAAUAUA